AACCGCCGUUGAACCUCCUCGAAGAAGAAGUUUACAAAUAUAUUUUUAAGGUUGUAUUAUAUAGCUAAUGUGUUCAAGUAACCGGACGUUGACGAUGGACUCCACUGUACUGCUUCUAUUGAUAAUGUUCGUUGUUUUAGGUAAAGUUGUUGGAGACAGAAGACUGAGAUUUGUGACGGUGGGCUGUACAAGCUACUAUGUGACCCCAAUGACUAUUUAACGUAACGUUAACUAGCUGACUAAUAAAGGUCACAAAGAAGAGAGAAAUUAUUGGAUGAACAGCAACACUGGAUUGUUGCUAUGUUGACUUUGCUCUACUCUACCGCCAUGGUGACCGAUCCCCAGUCAAAGCCUACCCCACUGAUCGCUACCAGGAGAGCUCUUGGCCACAGGGCUUUGGACAGCUCUCGCAGGAAGGAAUGAGGCAGCACUUUGAGCUGGGACAGGUCCUGCGGAAACGCUAUAAGGGUUUUCUAAAUGACACCUAUGACCGACAUGAGAUUUCUGUAAGGAGCACAGACUAUGACCGGACCUUGAUGAGUGCAGAGGCCAACCUGGCAGGAUUGUACCCUCCCAAUGGGUCACAGGUCUUCAACCCAUCGCUGGAGUGGCAGCCUAUUCCUGUUCACACUGUACCCCUGGAUGAGGAGAGGCUUUUGUCAUUUCCCAUUCCGGGUUGCCCUCGUUAUAAAAUCCUCAUGAUUGAGACUGAACGCACAGAAAAGUACCUCAACAUGACAUUUCUAUACAAAGAUCUAAUAGCGAUGGUACGGGAGAAAACUGGUCUGAAGAACACCACCAUUGAGACUGUUUGGAGUGUCCAUGACACCCUGUUCUGUGAGGCAAGGCACAAUAUGACCGCUCCUGACUGGGUGACCCCUGAGAUCAUGGAUGAUCUGAGGAAGCUCAAAGACUUUGGCUUUGAAAUCCUGUUUGAGGUCUACAAGCAUCAGGAGAAAAGCCGUCUCCAAGGAGGUGUCCUCUUGGGUAGCAUUGUAAAUAACAUCUCGGAGUCUGCACUUCCCGACUCCAAUCGCCGUCUGAAGAUGAUGAUGCUCUCUGCGCAUGACACCACCAUUGUGGCUCUGCAGUCAAGUUUGAGUAUCUUCAAUGGAAAGCAGCCGCCCUAUGCCUCCUGCCACAUAUUUGAACUCUAUCAAGAGGACAACGGAUCAUUCACAGUGGCCAUGUUUUAUCGCAAUGACACCACAAGAGCGCCUUACCAACUGGCUAUACCUAGCUGUGACCUCUUCUGCCCCCUGGAGGACUUUGUGCGCCUCACCAAACCAUCCAUCCCAGAGGAUUGGGACAGAGAGUGCAUUGUUGAGUCUCCUACAAAGGAUACAGAGGUGGUCAUCGGACUAGCAGUUUGUGGCUGUUUGCUCUUCCUCCUUAUCGUCCUCCUGCUCGCUGUGCUUUGUCGGCAACGUGAUCCCUCCGACGGCUACAGUCACAUUCACAAUGAGAUUGAAUCUUGACAAAAGUACAAACUCCACCGUAGGCAGGAUUCAUGGGAGAGUGAAGAUGUUGUUUGAAUGCCUCCCAGCUCUGCCCUCUGGUGGGGGAUGCAAGAAAAGGGAACACUAGACUCCUUUUUAGUGCAACUUUUUACAUUUAAAAAAAACAAAAAAAUUCCUUCAAAGGGGACUGUGACCUUUCACCAAAAAUGCACAGAAACUUACUGGGGAGGACAAAGGUUAUCUAGUCUUCUAGUCAACUGUUGUCAUGGUAAGUAUUCUUAAGCUUGUGAAUGAAGUUGGUUACUGCAUUUGGACAAAAAUGGCUUUUUUAAAUGUUUUCAAAUACUACUUGUACUCAUGGGUCCAAGUCACCUGACCAGCAUUCUUACAAAAUGUGGACCACUGGGUGCUUCAUGCUCGUUUGAUUCUCCACUUGGAGAAUAAUGAUCAUUGUAACACUGAACCCGAGGACUGCUUGUGCUUCAUUCUUUCCAAGGAACAGAUUUUGGCUGACUGUACUGCGCAUUCUUCUACCAAUUUAUUUGAUAAAGAAUACUAUUAAUUUCCUCUGGUGGUGAUUGUCAUGGUACUUGGAGAAGCCUUAACAUCAUGGGUAGUCUUGGUAAAGGCUUUGCUCUAUAUGUCAGAGGCAUGUACUACUAACAAGCCUGUCAUGCUUUGUGCCUAGGGCUGUUCGAUUCAAUUUAAGGCACGGUAAUUCAUUUAUUUGCUGAAAAAGCUACAUGUAUGUAAGUGUGACUGCCCUCUUUCUGCUCUUUUCAAACUGCCCCUGAGGUUGACCUUAUUUUUUUAAGGAACGUUAAGUUUUCUUUCCCCCAAAGUAAAAAUAUUACAAUAUAAAUACAGUAUGAUACCUUUAAGUUAGUGAGUGCAGUGUCCCCCACUGAGUUCCCAUCAAACAAGUUACUCCGACCAAGUUAAAGACGGCUUCAGGUUGGAUAUUCAACGGAUAUCCGCCUGUAGUUUUCCUUACAUCCAGCAACCGCAGUUAGGAACGGUCAACUGUGACAAAUCACAUUUUUCAAAUUUCAAUAGCUCUUUAACCGUUACUCCUAAAACUUUCAAAACUGGUUAUAGCUAACCUGAUGGCAUAGACACACAUUGCACACUUUUUUGUGUCAAUUUAAAUCUUGCACUAUUUUAAAUUAUCUAUUUUUUUUACAUUUCAAUAGGUCCUUGGUUAUGUGACCUGACUUCAAACAAGGUUCAGAAUGUCCAAUGACUACCCUUGUAUAUUGCACACACUUUAGUUUAUCCAUUUACAUCUCACACGAUUUUACAUUUAAUUUUUCAAACUUUAUAAUUUCAAUUUCUCCUUGGUAAUGUGACAGACUGACCUCAAACUACUUUCAGAAUGUCCACGGACUGGUGGAGACGGGCGCCACGAGGCAUCCAGUGCGGUAAUGCGGCCGAUCCCGGAGAAGCUGGCGGGAGCCCUGGAAUGGGUUUGCCACGAGGGAGGGGCCCAAGCCCUGGAAAGCGUUGCUGUUUCGGCAGCAUUCGGUAAGCUCUCCCUGGCUCUUGACAGUCCGGGGGAGUGGGUGUAAAUCUCACGCCGGGCAAUAUUACUUUACUAUAUCCGCAGCAGGUCUCCAAGGUGAACGGGCUCUGGCAUGUUAUAACAAUGUAGGUAAGGGAAGUUGGCAGAAAAGAUCCGUAACUUCAGGAUAAGGAUUGGCUCUAAGGGCUGGGUCGGUCAAGCUGGGGUGCGAAGUGGGGCUGGGCUCGAACCGCGGCUGGGGGAGCAGUCCCUCAGUCACCCUCCUCUCACCACCAUUUAAUUUUGUGGUCUCGCAAGGGGCUGCGUGCUGGGAUUCGUUGGGAUGGUGUCCGUCGGUGGGCCAAAGGCGGACUGGUGGGGGGUUGGGUCCGGCAAUUGGUGGCGGCAACUCUGGAAGCGCGCCGGGCCCUUCUCGCGGAUCUCCAGCUAUGGAGCUCGCCUGCCCCACGCAUUGUAGGUGGCGAGGUCGCCUCAAGUCUAGUGAGCGUAGAGGAGGAGACUAGACCCAAUGGCCCUGCAGUGAUGGGGCAUUGCAUGGAUCUGGCUCAUGCCCUACGAAGUGGGGAGAGGUAUCUCCAGCCUGUCUGGGGAAGUUGGCCUACAUCUGUGGGUAGUACCAUCCAUGCCCAGGGAUUUGUAUGUUGCAGAGCAGCUCACUCGCUGCAAUCUAUUGAAAGUCAGCCCUCGAUCCUCGAGCACUCAGGCCAUGGAUGUUGGUGUGGGGACAGCAGAAAAGUGGGCGGAUCACCCAGAGCCUGUUUUUGAAUUGCCACGUGCACAGAGCCUGUUUCGACAGCGGGACUGUAGACGUUUUAGUAAUUCCAGGGAGUAAGCCAAGGGAAAGGGGUGUUGACCGGGUAGGGAGAGUAGAUGUGGAGGUCUGUAGUUCCAAGGAGUAAGCUAUUCACACUCCGUCCCAGGGAAAGGGCGGGCAGAGGGUAUAGGCCUAGAGACCAGGAAUCAGAGGUCACCAGGUCAAUAGGGGCCUGCCUGGAGGUCAGGAAGGCCCAAGUGAAUAGGUGUGUGUGACACUGUCCUUCAGGGGUGCAGAGCAAGCAACUUAAUGUAAAAUCGUUUGAGAUGAAAACAGACAAACUGAAGGGUGUGCAAUGUGUAGGCCCACUGAGUGUACAUUCUGAACCUUGUUUGAAGUCUGGUCACAUGACCAAGGAGCUAUUGAAAUUCAAAUGUAAAAAAGUUUGUACAUUGUUUACGCCCCCUAACUAAUUCAACUAGGAUUACAAAAUGCUGCUCUCACAUGUUUAUUAGCUUUGCAAAGUGAAUUAAUGUCCAAAUCGUGAAAAUAAGACCUGUGCUGUAACACAAAAUCUAACCAUGAAUAAAAGUCCAAUGUUGGUAGUGACUGCCUAUUACUGCUUAACAUUUAUUAACCAUUAUUCAUAUUACUUUACUAUAAUUUUACUACCUGUAAUUUAAUUUGCAUGUGUUCAUCCCAUUGUGUUUUCAUGGGCAAUGAGUAAUUUAUAAUAGGGCCUAUUGUUUAACCAGACAUCUGAUUCAAGUUAUGGACUGGAGAGUAAUUCUUAUCUGUAAUAUUUUGUGUUAAAUCCUGAACAAUUGGUUUCACCGUAGUGCUUGAAUUAUGCCGUUGAACAUAAAAUAAUUCAUGUCCUGAUAUGCUGGAAAUUAGUUUAAGAAUUUUUUUGCACUGGGAAUUUGAUUUGAGUCACUGUUUGCAUGUGGAUUGCUUAAACUGCAUUUUGAGUUGUCUUAUUAAUGUUUUUAUUGCAACUUUUCAAUAAAUUCUUCUGUAAUAAAA